CUUCUACACUCCGUGCCCUUCUAUUUAUCCCUGGUUUUUUAACUGUUAACCGUGUUAUUUUCACUGUCACGUAGCAGACGCGACAGCUGUUGUACUAGAUUUCGAUUUGUUUUAUGUAAAAUUUAUGUAAAAAAUGUCUUCAACCGAAGAAAAACUAAAAAUGCGUAUUGAAGAAUUGGAAAAAGAAAUUCAGCUGGAAAAAAGUAAAAAUGAAUGUAAAGGACGGGAAAAAAUUCACGAAAUUAGUGCGGAAGUUGUUGAUUCUAAUCCCUACAGUAGACUUAUGGCUUUAAAAAGAAUGGGUAUCGUAAAAAAUUAUGAAACUAUACGAAAUUUUUCUGUUGCAGUUAUUGGAGUAGGAGGCGUUGGUAGUGUUACUGCUGAAAUGCUUACAAGAUGUGGAAUAGGUAAGCUUAUUCUUUUCGAUUAUGACAAAGUUGAACUAGCGAAUAUGAACAGAUUGUUUUUUCAGCCUCAUCAAGCAGGACUUAGUAAAGUAGAUGCCGCAGCCAAAACGCUGUUUUUAAUUAAUCCAGAUGUGGAGUUUGAAACUCAUAAUUAUAAUAUCACGAGUGUUAAAAAUUUCAAACACUUUUUAGAGGUCCUUAAAACUGGAGGUAAAAAUAGUGGUCCUGUUGAUUUAGUUCUGAGUUGCGUAGACAACUUUGAAGCUAGAGUAGCCAUUAAUACUGCUUGUAAUGAAUUGAAACUAUCGUGGUUUGAAUCAGGUGUUAGUGAAAAUGCAGUCUCUGGACAUAUACAGUUCAUUAUUCCUGGUGAAACAGCUUGCUUUGCUUGUGCUCCUCCACUGAUUGUAGCUUCGAGCAUUGAUGAGAAGACUUUAAAAAAAGAUGGGGUGUGUGCUGCCAGUUUGCCUACAACAAUGGGAGUUGUAGCGGGAUUUUUAGUUCAAAAUGUUUUGAAAUAUUUAUUGAAAUUUGGAAAAGUAUCAUAUUACUUAGGUUACAAUGCCUUGGAUGAUUAUUUUCCUACAAUGACUCUUAAACCAAAUCCAGACUGUGAUGACCUGUUAUGCCGAGAACGUCAAAAAGAAUAUAACAGUAUUGAAAAGAAAAGUUUGGAUGUUGAAAGUUAUAAGGAACCUGAAGUUAUUCAUGAAGAAAAUGAAUGGGGUAUAUGUUUAGUAUCUGGAACAGAGGAAGACAACAGUGCACAGGAUGAUGAAACAGUGGAAAUAGUUAAAGGUGUUAAACAUGCAUAUUCAAAACCUGUCAUAGAAGAUGAUGAUAGUAACUGUGUUGAUGUAAAUGAACAAAGUUUAGAAGAUUUAAUGGCUAAACUAAAGUGUAUGUAACAUAAAAUGUUUAAGCAUUAAAUUUGAGCAAAUUGCUACUUACAAUUGUAUUGAAAAAUAUUUAUAGAAAUAUAAAAUUACUAUUAUCAACAUUAGGCUGAAUUUGUUUUGUGUAUGCAGGUAAUAUUUUAAUGUAGUCUGUUAAAAUGAAUCAAAAUUAUUUUAUUUAUAGAAACUGCAUAGUACUAAUUCUUAGUUUAGAACAUUACUUAGUUACUUUAGAACAUUAAAGACAAAAAAGAAAAAGUGUUUUUUAUGUGAAAUCAAAACUAAAAAUAUUUCAACUCUUAUGAAUAUUAAAUGCAACAUUAGUCUUUUUAA